AUGCUUGAUCUCGCGGACUUCAUCAGUGACCGUGGUGGGAACCCAAACAAAAUCAAGGAAAGCCAGCGGAGACGUUUCGCUCCCGAAAGUGUCGUUGAUGAGGUUCUUGCCUUGUAUGAGGAGGCCCGGCGUGCGCGGUAUGAUGUUAUGCAGAUAAACUCCCAGCUUAAUGCGGUUCAAAAAGAAAUUGGGAAGAAAAAGAAGAAUAAGGAAGAUGCAAGCGACUUGAUGGAACAAAAGGCCGGCUUGGAGAACCGCAAAAAGGAUGCCGAGGAACUUGCCCUUCAAAAGGAAAAGCAAAGGGACGGUAAAAUUCGAACGAUCGGUAACCUUGUCCACGAAUCAGUCCCCGUUAGCAAUAAUGAAGAUGACAACGCUGUAGUAAGAAUGUGGACGCCGGAAAAUGUCAAGGUCGAGAAGCGCGAUUGCCUUUCUCAUCAUGAGGUACUCACACGUCUUGAUGGAUUUGACCCAGAGCGUGGUGUCAAGGUGGUUGGUCACCGCGGUUACUGUUUGACAGGAUUCGGCCUUUUUCUCAAUCUCGCUCUGAUAAACUAUGGCCUAGAAUUUCUCUGGGGAAAGGGCUACAAGCCCAACCAACCUCCGCAAUUCAUGCUCAAGGAAAUGAUGGCGAAAACCGCCCAACUAGAGCAAUUCGAUGAGGAGCUGUACAAGGUCACGGAAAGUGAAGAUAAGUCCACGGACAAGUAUCUCAUUGCUACCUCGGAGCAACCUUUGUCUGCUCUGCAUGAUGGGGAAUGGCUGCAAGACAAAGAUCUUCCAAUCAAGUAUGCCGGGUAUAGCACAUGCUACCGGAAAGAGGCUGGUGCACACGGUAAAGAUGCCUGGGGUAUUUUUCGUGUUCAUCAGUUUGAAAAGAUUGAACAAUUCGUUCUCACGAAACCAGAAGACUCUUGGCAAGCAUUUGAAGAAAUGAUGGCUACCUCGGAAGAGUUCUAUCAAUCUCUUGGACUGCCGUACCAAGUUGUCGCUAUUGUUUCGGGGGCAUUGAACAAUGCUGCCUCAAAGAAGUAUGACCUCGAGGCGUGGUUCCCAUUUCAAGGAGAAUACAAGGAACUAGUGUCCUGCUCCAACUGUACCGAUUACCAAUCCAGGGCACUUGAAAUUCGGUAUGGCACAAAGAAGGCCACUGAUGUGAAGAAGUCCUAUGUUCAUGCUUUGAAUGCGACUUUGUGUGCCACAGAGCGUACACUAUGCUGUGUACUUGAAAAUUACCAAACAGAUGAUGGUAUUAUUGUGCCGGAGCCUUUGAGGAAAUAUAUUCCAGGCGCCCCCGAGUUCAUCCCCUAUACCAAGGAGCUAGCCAAGGACAGUACUUCUAACAAGUCUAAGUCUAAGCAGUCUUCGAAGACUACGAGUGGGCCUGAAGAAACCGCGAAGAAACUAGAAGGCCUUCAGGUUUGA